AUGCCGUCCCACAACUUCUCUGUAUACUGGUGGCCUAACUCCUUACUGAACAUCAUGGAGAGAUGGAUGCGGAAUUUCAUUUGGAGUGGCGAUCCUGAAACAGCCAAAGGAGUUACAGUUAGUUGGGACUCAAUCUGCAAGCCUAAACAAGAAGGAGGGCUGAGAAUUAGGCGUAUGAGGGAUGUCAAUAAAGCUCUUCUCUGUUUGAGAGAUGAUUUGUUUGCAUCUUCCUCCAUGACAGUUGCGGACUUUAUUGACAAUAAUGAGUGGAACUUCCCCACGGUUUCAUCUUCUCUUCUUCAAGAUUUUUUUUUAGCUGCUUCAACUAUCAAUAUCCCUAGAGGUAACAUAAAAGAUAAAUGUAUUUGGACCCUCUCUACCUCUGGUCAAUUCAGUACUUUCUCCGCCUGGAAUGAUAUUCGCCGUCUAAAUCCCAAGGUUCCUUGGCAUGAGCUAGUCUGGAUGAAAGGCCUCUCUCCUCGUCAGUCAACUUUUGGCUGGCGUCUGUGUCACCAGAAGCUUCCUACUGAUGAUAUCAUUAGGAAAAAAGGGAUCUCUUUAGCCUCCAAAUGCAUCAUGUGCGGUUUUCACUCUGUGACUCUGCCCCAUCUCUUCUUAAAUUGUAGUGUUUCUCGGAUCCUUUGGGAAAAUUUCUUGAGCUGUUUUGGUUUGCUUUGGAAGGAUCAAUCCUCCAUUGUUGAUUUGAUAUCCUGGUGGAAUCAAAAGCGAAAAAUUUUGUCGGUAAAGGACCCUUGGGCGGCUGGUUUGAUUAUAGUGACCGACACCAUUUGGCAAGAAAGGAAUCAUCGAUGGCAUGGUGGUAAGAGUAGGGAUACCUCUCUGCUAUUCAUGAAAAUUUUGAGAACGCUUAAGGAGUCUAAUCUCAACUUAAAAGGGGUCAUUCGGACUACUGCUGAUCUUCUUUGCAGCAGGAAACUAGGGUUGCAUGCAGUUCCAGGCGACCCUCCCUCCAUUCUUGAAGUCAUUUGGUGCAAGCCUCCACUCGCCUGGUCAAAGAUAAACAUUGAUGGUAGUAUCAUGGGGAACCUUGGUCGAGCAGGAGGUGGGGUUGUCAUUCGUGACUCCAAUGGGAAAGUUAUAUUCUCCUUCAAGCAUUUCUUUGGCAUCAGUACGAACUACUAUGCAGAAUUCAUGAGUUUUCUUCAUGGUAUCCGCCAUGCAAUGGGUUAA